AUGCCCAACGACGAAAGUAUCGGCGCUCUCAAGGAGCGCAUAGCGUUCCACGCGAAGAAGACCUCGGAGCUCCAGAGCCUCUACAACACGCAUGCCCCUAUCGCCAGACUUCCCCCCGAAAUCCUUUCCGAGGUGUUCCUGAUACAAGCCGCCGUCCUGCGAAGGGACGCGCUCCACGGCUUCUUCCACGACGAAGACGACGUACUCCAUCAGUCCCUGUACAAAUGGAUCAAGGUCUCCCAUGUCUGCCGGCACUGGCGCGAGAUCGCGCUCAACUGUGCGAACCUCUGGACCUGGGUCGCCUACGACCAGCGCAUUCCUAUCUCCUACCCCGAGAUGCUGCUGGAACGCGCCCGCGAGCUCCCUCUGACCGUCACCUUCAUCAUCUCGGAUACCAUGGGCCACUGCGAGGGAUGUAUAGACCGGGACUGGUUCUACGACAACUUCCACGACCAGACCGCGGAGAUCUGCUUUCUGGUUCCGCGCAUUCGUGAGCUCCUCGUCCUUAUCGACCGUUCCGGUUUCGAAGAGUGCUGGGAAGACAUGUUCAGUGCAGAGAGCGACGUCCUCGAGGUACUUCGCAUCGAGGCCUUUGGAAAGUCGCGGUACAACCAGCUAGCCAUCCCUCCUCGCGGGCCGAACGUCAGCAUCACAGAGCCGCUCUUUGUGGUCCCACCUCCCAACCUCCGAUCGCUUUCCUUUUCCGGUGUCGGGUGCAGCUGGUCGGAAACGUUGCUGCGGCCGUCCUUGCGGCAUCUGGAGUUGACGAACUGCCAAAUCCUCGAAUCACCAAACGCUGCAGACAUGGUCGCUUUCCUCGACGCCCUGCGGCCGCUCUCCAACCUCGAGACUCUUGAACUGGACUGGCCCCUGUUUACCGACAUAACCGAGGCGAACUGCAAGCCCGUAUCCCUCCCCCGACUGAGAUCCAUCCAUCUAAAGGGCUCCAACGAACGCAUAGGGUCCAUACUAUCCUGCCUCCAACUGCCCCUUACCACCUCCGUCCGCUGUACUGUCCUGGAUUCCUUCUUCAACGAACGCGAACGCAAGCCAUUCCAAGCGGUACUUGCUCGUCUGUUCGAGAAGAUGACGAUCAACGUCGUGGGUUGGGGAGCACCUCUCGUCGACCAGACCGGUGGCGACAUCACCACAACGUGCCAGAUCUGGGCUGUGCAGGGGCGUGGUGUGCGCCAACAAGGGAGUGGCCUAUCCUUGGACGCCAUAGUAGGAACCACAUCCCCAAGACUCGUCCUUCAAACUGGGUUCCGCCCCUCUCUUGACGUCGUCACGCCCGCCGUCCUCCAGGCACUCGACCUCUCGAGCGUCGAGCUGAUCCAAGUCGUGGGCUACACGCCCUCCCGGAGCUGGGCGCGCGCGCUGAAGAAAGCGGUGAACGUCCAGAGGCUCAGUAUCUCGGGCACGGCCGCCUUCGCCCUCCCGGCAGUGCUCGCCGGGGGAGUUCCCGAGGACCCGGAGGAGGACUGGCAGAUCUGCCUCGACAACGAUGUUGCGAACGCGGACGAGUGGCACUGGACCGCUUUUGAUGAAGACCCGCCACCUGUGGAACAUAUGGACGUGGAGGAAGCCGACACCGUGGAGGAUGAUACUGCCCCGCAACCCGACAACGCCAUUUCUGGCCCAGGUCCGGCGAUCUUCCCCAAGCUGCACUCCCUCGAUAUCCUGGACGUCGACAUUCACCUUCCCCAGAAGCCUCUGGACUUUCUACCCUACGGGGAGUGCACAUGCUAUCCUCGCGCCUCUCACACGGUCGUCGCGCGAUUCAGCUCCGCUGGGGCCAAGUACGGCCUCAGCAUCUCCAAGCUGCUCAAGUGCCUGCGCGUUCGUGAGGAACAGCGCGCGUCCCCUAUUGUGCACGUAGACUUCGAGGAGUGCUCGUGCGGAGAUCUGGGGCUAAUCAGGCAGUUGGCUGGUGUAGUACCGGAGGUAUUUUGGGAUGAGGAGCUAGUGUUGCCUCUCGAACCUGGACCUUAG